AUGAAUCCGUUCCGUCGAUGGUCGGGUAGGCAAUCGAAAAAGUCGCCAAAGCAUCGCAAGGACAGCUUCACGUUGGAGUCGCCGCCGUCAUUGAGCCACGAGAUCCUCGAGCGUGAGCCGUCGCUCGUGGUGUCCCCGACACUCACGCGUCCUUCCGAACCGUCGCAGAUUGACGCGCUGUUUCGUGACAUGAUGGACAAGAUGCCAUUGUCGAAUGCCGCCGCCGAUCGGAUGUGGGCGCUUCCGAUCCACCAAAAGUGGCAGCUCGUCCAGGAAUGGUCCAAGAAGCACGAACACGAACGCCAGCACGAUCACGAACACCGACAGCCGAUCUUUUGGGUGCAAAAGCUGCAGGCGGUCGCGUUGGACACGGGUGGCGGCGCCACGUCGCUCACAGAGGACGAGGCGAGGGGGCUACAUGUCCUCAUGCGCGGGGCAUCGAAGGAGUGGCUCCACAAGUUUCAUCGCCACGGAGGGGUGACGAGUUUGUGCAACUACAUGGCCGCGCUGGCGUUCCGGGCAGCCGACAUGGCCGACCCAACAUUCACUUUCGACAAUGCUGUCCUGCUCGAAUGCCUGCGCUGCUACAAGACACUCAUGACAAAUCCGUUUGGUUUAGAACUUCUUCUCGACUCGACCGACCACCACAUCGACACCCUAGCCCAGUGCCUCGACUUCUCCAACUAUUCCCAGCAACACGUGACGAUGAUGGUGCUCGAGAUGUUGUCUGUCUUUUGCUGGCACUCGGAGCGAGGGCAGGUUGCCGUCGUGCAGGCGAUGGGGUCGUACCAACGCACACACAAGGAGCGCGCGCGGUUUGCGAGCCUCGUGCAGUGCCUCACGUCGUCCGACAGCACCGAUCUCCACGCGGCCUGUUUGACAUUCAUCAACACGAUUGUCGGCGCGAGCCCCUGUCUUGAAGAUCGCGUCCAUGUGCGCAACGACUUUUUGGCGCUCGACAUGCUCGUGGUGUGCCAUGUGAUCCAGGCCAAGUUGGAACCUCCCCCGAGCCCGCCACGUUUCGGGAGCAUGUCCCCAUCACAGGAAGAGCAGUUUAAGCCACCAUCAGCCAAGGCGUUUGUCAAGCAGCUGCGUGUGUUUGAAGGGUUUAUGGUGUCGGACAUGGAGGAGACAGUGACCCACAACGUCGACCUGACCAACGUCGACGCAGUCUUUGGCCAACUCAAGGCGUGGACUAGUCGAUACGGGUUUUCCGACCGCCUUCUAAACGUUUUGUUGGCCCUCAUGGGGAUUCCCGGUGAAGCUACGAUGGGCACAAAAAUGUGGGAGCUCAUGGAAGAAGCCGUGCUGCAGAUCACGUCACUGCACACCUACCAGGACUUGGCUGGGGCACCCCGUCAAAUCUCGUUUGAGUGGGUUCGCGACCUCCAGGACAGUGUCGAGUUGUUCCAGAGCAAAGUGGACACGAUCGCAACGCUCGAGUCGACGGUCGCGGCGCUGGAGGCGCAGUCCAAGCGUUGCCAUGCAACGGUCAAAGCCAGGGAACACGAAAUCGCCGAGCUCAAGUCCGCCCUCGACUACGUUUACGCCGAGCGGCUCAAACAUCAAUCCAUCGUAUGCGAAUCGACACAAACGUGGGUUCCUACGACCGUGGCGGCUGUGCAAACCGAUCGAUUGUACGGCUGUGAAGCGGUCGAGACGCAAACCGAUGACAUGCUGUUGCCCACGUCGAAAGAUUCCCACUACGACUUGAACUUAAAACGGCUUCGCGAUGGCACGGCAGCUCGUGACGAUAUGGAAGCCAAGAUGCGGGCCGAAGGGCUGAAUCCAGCCGACCUCGUUCGCGCCGAGUACGGCUCGCAGCCAUCCAUACCACCACCACUUGCCCCCUCUCUGACGAUGGAUCCAAAAGUGGACAAGUAUUUCAAGCUCAUGAAGAUGGGAAUGCUCAAGGAGCACGUUCUGCUGAAAAUGACAGCCGAAGGACUCAACCCGUUGCUGCUGGACGCGCCACCAGCAACCCCACAACAGUCCGUCACCGAGGCGCAACCCCUGCAGCAACAACUCCCCUUGGCCCAUUCGUCUCCCACACCUACACACGUCAACGUUGAAAAGUCCGUCAAACUACUCGAAGUGGGCAUGCCCAAAGACCAAGUGUCGUUGAAGAUGCGGGCGGACAAGCUUGACCCUGCGCUUCUCGACCAAACGCCCCCUCCACUACCCGACCUCUCCACGACAUCCACUGCCAUUGACCCCAAGUACGAAAAGUACACGAAGCUCGUGAAAAUGGGAAUGCCCGAGGGACAAGUCUUGAUGAAGAUGAAGGCUGAUGGCGUCGAUUCUUCUGGCUUUCAAGUCCCCUCUGCAGCUCCCCCUGUGCUCACAAACGCUCUGCCCAUUGUCCGCGCUGCACCACUUGCCCCUGCAGUCGACCCCAAACACGAAAAGUACUUAACCCUGCUCAAGAUGGGAAUGCCAACAGAGCAAGUCGCCCUCAAGAUGAAGGCGGACGGGUUGGACUCAUCUGUGUUAAAUCCUUUGCCACGGAGCAUCUCCUCGCCAACUAGCGACGCUUCGUCGUCGAUUCUAUUGCCUCCACGGGAGGAACUUGCUCCGUUGGACCCGCAGUACAACAAGUUCGUCAAGCUAUUGCAAAUGGGCAUGCCGCUCGAGCAAAUCCAGGUCAAGGUCAAAGCGGAAGGCCUGGACCCGAGCAAACUCACAGUGGCGUUCGCACGCCCCUCGCUGACAUCGUCAUCAGCUGCACCCGAUGUCUGCGAGUGUUCCAAGCCCCCGGCGUCGUCCCCACCUGUGCCCUCGCCUCCAUCUUUCAAGCUACCGGCCAAGGUAUCUACCGUGCCCCGUGUAAAACUUCGCAGUUUGUACUGGACGCCUCUUGCCGACGCCGCCGUCGAGGGGUCUAUUUGGCUCAACUUGGAUGAAACCAAGCUCGGUCUGGACUACACAUUGCUCGACAAGGAAUUUGGCCAAGACAAGAAGGCCAACGACCCAGCCGUCACGUCCUCAACAAAGAGCGGCAGUGGGAAUGGAACGACCCUUGGGAAACCCAAGACUGUCCACCUCGUCGACUCGAAGCGCCAGCAAAACUGCUCGAUUGCCUUGUCGCGAUUUCGCAUGGCACCAAAGGACAUCAAGGCAGCCAUCGUCGCGCUGGACGACAAGCUCUUGACUUUGGAGAGGAUUCAGAGUUUGGCUGCGAUGGUGCCAACCCCCGAAGAGCUCGAUCUGGUCAAGGGGUACGAAGGGGACGUGGCCGUUCUCGGCGAGACGGAAAAGUUUUUCCUGGCAAUAUCCGACCUCCCGCGGCUGUCGAACCGAUUGAAAGCCAUGGAAGCGACGUUGACGUUUGGUCAACGAUACGAUGACGUCAAGGGAAAACUGAAGUUGCUCGAGCAAGCGUACGUGGACCUAAAGGGAUCGACCAAGUUGCUGUCGUUGCUGGAAGUCGUACUGGCCGUGGGGAAUUACCUCAAUCGCGGGACCUCCCGAGGAGGAGCAUAUGGAUUCAAGCUCGACAUUCUGCCCAAGCUAACCCAGGUCAAGGCCACCACCAGCCCAAACAAGACCCUUCUCCAUGUCAUCGCCGACUACGUGGCUGCAAACGUGCCUGCCGCCCACGACUUUUACGAGUCGCUGAGAAGUCUCGAGGAUGUGUCUGCGAUCUCGUUUACACUGCUCCAGAGCGACAUCCACGUGAUCGAAGCAUCGCUGCUCCAGAUCGAGCAAGAGGUUGCAUGGCAUGUUGUCGCUUGGCGUGACCGCCGUUCGUAUGUGUAGAAAGCGCACCAAGACGACGUGUUUCGUGCCAAGAUGGGGACCUUCUUGACGUCCGCGCAAUCCGAUUUCCACUCGCUGCAAGCCGCCAUGUCGACGUUCCAUGCCAAGUUCCACCAUCUUACGCUGUCGUUUGGUGUGGACACGGCCAAGGGCUCGAACGAAGCGGAUGCUGUGCAAACGUUCUUUGGGACGUGGUCAGACUUUUGCAGGACAUACAAGCGAGUCGCGAUCGAGAACUCGGUGCUAAAGGACAAGCAGUCCAAGCUAGAGGGCAAGGCCAAGCAUGACGAGUCCAAGCGCGACCUUUUCCAGCAGUUCACCGACUCGUUGGAAGGCGAUGCGAGUGAUAUCGUAGCGAACUACCGCUCACGCCACCACAAAGGCGCUGACGGUGGCGGGGGCCUCCUUCGAAAGGAUCUCUCGCGCCGGCGGCUGAGCUCUACCGCUGGGCCUGCCACGUCCUAGUAAUGUCGAGUAUCCGUACGUUUCCGGAUAAAAAUGAAUUUCGCAGGCACUUCUCCA